CACAUGUUCACUGAUCGAACUGUCAAACUCGGAUAAUGUCACUUGACUAAUCGUUGAAAUUUAACCUCGAAGUCCUUAAAUUUCUUGUAAAAUUUCAUAGUUAAUUAAUUAGUUUCACAUUUUUAAAGUAAAAAUCUUGAAAACGAUAUAUUAUUUAUUCAUUAUUGCGUGAGAUAUUUAUGAAAUUGACAUUUUUAUCUAAUGUGAAAAGAGCAAAAAAAACGGAAUGGAGCAUAGAACCUUGUUGAUCAGUCGAAUGAAAAAGUUGAAUAUUUUUUAAGAAUAAAAAAAAACUCGUUAUAUUUUCUACUACCGGUUUGUUAAUGUAAUUUUUUUAUUAAAAUUUGUGAGAAGACGUUUUUUUAAAAAAAAGUAAUAUCGCGAUUGUGCGACAUAAAAAAAUUUUUGACAGUUUCGAUGCUGUCUCGUGUACUCACUCCAAAUUCUUUAUACAGACAAUGUCUGAAAGCAGUGAAUCUGAAGAAUUUUUCGACGCAGAAGAUGACACCCAUCAUAGAGCGUCAAGGAAAAGUAAAACUCAUCAACCGGCUCCCGCUGAGCAGCAAGAGCAGCAGGAUGAGAAGUCAGUGGAAAAUAAACAAAUUGAUGAUCAUGUAUUCGUGAAACCUGUUGACCCAAAGCCCCUUCCAGAAUCAAGAAGUCAAGUGGGCUUAGAAAUAAAACAAAAUGCCGAGAAAGUUGAUGAAAAUGAUAAAGGAACGGGAACCGACAAAAGUGUUGAGAGACGAAGAUUUCGUGAAUUACGUCAACGAAUGCAAACGGAGGACGACGAUAUUCCAAUUAAUAAUUCUCCGCCUGAUAGUCAGACAUCUUCCAUUGAGGGUGUUUAUCCAACUCCCUCAAAGACAUCUCAUCCAUUUAAAAUAAUUGAGCACGAUACAUUUAGUUUACAAAGUAUGACUUCCUUAGGUCGUGUUGGUCGACUAUUAGCUGGAACAUCGGACAGUGCAUCUGGUAUUGUUGCGCCAGGUUAUCAAUAUCCAUCCAAUGUUUUAUCGCGUAGUAGUCAAAUGUCAUCGAUAGCGAGUAUUUCAAGUAAAGAUGAGGAUGUUGCCUCGGGCAAGGUUUCACAAUCUUCCAGUAGUUUAACACUUUCUGGCGAGAUGCUGCAGGAUUCAUUGAAUGGCAAAUCAAAUUGUUCCGCUUCUUCGCAUGGCGAUAAGCCCGCAUUGCUUCAGGAGCCAGACGUUAUUGCGAGCACAAAAAAUAAUGGAAAGCCCGCUGAUCCGCAAAAUGGCUCCAUUCCAAAAGUGCCCGUCGCACCUCCACGACGAAAAAAGAAAACGAAAACACAAACACCGACUGAACUUGCCCCAGCACCAAAGGAGACCGUGGUAUCGACAUCGCCAUUACCAAGUCCUGCGAGUACAAUAGAAUCAAUCACUAGGGACCUUGAACAUUGCCUUGAUAUUCGAUCGGCUACGAAAGGGCAAUAUGUAGUGAAACCCCAGGAUGAGGAUAAAUCAAGAGCACAGGGACCUUCGUCCGAGGAAUUGGAAAGAAUAGAAAGAAUGAAAAUUGAAUUGCUAAGUAUUCCCUUGAGUGACAAAUCAAAUAGUCCACUAGGAUCGAUUUCGAGUAAUAGCGUUGGUCGUUAUUCCUUGGGACCUCACAAAUUUACCGGCUUCAGUCCUCAAGGUUCUAAAGAAAGGCGCAAAUCUGCCGGUGAUCAAGAUAUGGUCAAGCAACUCAAUAUGCUCGUCAGAACGCGAACCGAUUCUGGAAAACGUCUCACUGAUAUGGAAAUUCUGGAACAGGUAACAGUAUUGAAUUUGGACACCGGUGAAAGAGUGCCAUUAAGUAUUGCCGAAGAUAAAUUGCCGCAGUGUGUGAAUCCCCUGUCACUUCAUAUAAUGAGAUUAACGUCCGAGUAUAUAAGUAAUACGAGUUUGGAAAAGGAGAAGGAAAGUGACGAGGAGAGUGUCGACAGUAAAAUGUCAAGUUUACCACCUGAUGAAGAAUUAUCAGUUGGUCGUGUUCGUAAGAGAACACAAAAGUUAAGACGCCUCUUGGGCUCAACAGUGAAGAAAACAAUGGAUAAGGCAAAAUCAAUUGCACAAGAAGUAUCGCACGCGCGACAUAAAGAGGACGUAAUGGAUAUUGUCGAUGAAGUUAAUCCCGGCGAGCAACAAUGGAUAAAAUUAAAAGCAUCAAACAGUCACAAGGGUCCCUAUGAAUUUGGCAAUUUACAACACGUUCAAGAUUUAAGCGGUGAACAUGUCGGUCCAGUUUGGUGUAUGAAAUUCUCCGCAUGCGGUCGUUUAUUAGCCACCGCAGGACAGGACAAGGUAUUGAGAAUUUGGGUAUUGAGGGAUGCCUUCACAUAUUUUCAGGAUAUGCGAACGAAAUAUAAUGCUGAAAAAGUGAGUCCAACGCCAUCGCAAGAAUCAUUGGUGUCACAGCAAUCGAUGGAGGAUCCAAAUGUGAUAGCGAGCGCCUUCAGUGAAAUUGAAGGCACCAAGUGUCCUUUUAUGCCAAAACCAUUUUGCACAUACGCUGGACAUACAUCCGAUCUAUUGGAUGUGUCAUGGUCGAAAAAUUAUUUUAUCCUCUCGUCAUCAAUGGACAAAACAGUACGUCUCUGGCACAUAUCGAGAAAGGAAUGUCUCUGUUGUUUUCAGCAUAUUGAUUUUGUCACUGCUAUUGUAUUUCAUCCGAGGGACGAUCGUUUCUUUCUCUCCGGUUCAUUGGACGGUAAAUUGAGAUUGUGGAAUAUUCCCGAUAAGAAAGUUGCCGUUUGGAAUGAAGUCGAUGGACAUACAAAAUUAAUAACGGCGGCAAAUUUCUGUCAGGAUGGACAAUUUGCCGUUGUUGGCUCGUACGAUGGUCGAUGUAUUUUUUACAUCACUGAUCAAUUGAAAUAUCACACGACAAUUCAUGUGCGUUCAACGAGGGGAAAAAAUUCCACGGGACGUAAAAUAAGUGGCAUUGAACCAAUGCCGGGUGAGGAUAAAAUUCUUGUAACAUCGAAUGAUAGUCGUAUUCGAUUAUACGAUUUACGUGAUUUAAAUCUCUCUUGUAAAUACAAGGGCUAUGUGAAUGUAAGUAGUCAAAUAAAAGCGAGUUUCAGUCCCGAUGGACAGUAUAUUGUCAGUGGAUCGGAGAAUCAGUGUAUUUACAUUUGGAAAACGCAUCAUGAUUAUUCAAAAUUCUCGAGUGUCAGACGAGAUAGAAAUGAUUUUUGGGAGGGCAUUAAGGCACACAAUGCUGUUGUGACUUGUGCUGUUUUUGCACCAAAUCCAGAUACAAUUAUUAAACAAAUUGAGGCACGCGAGCAAAUUGAUAAUAAAGGAGAGCAAAAAAAUAUUGAUAGUAUCAUUGCGCAUGAUACGCCUGUUGAUCCAGUUGUUGAACAACGUACAAAAGGUUGUGGUGGACAUGUUCUUGUCAGUGCUGACUUUAACGGUUGCAUUAAAGUGUUCCUGAAUAAAACAAAACCAAAGCAUAGUUCUUUACCAGCUUCUGCUCUCGCGUAAUCGACAUUUUAUUUGUAAGUAACAAAUUGGCACAUUUCAUUUGGGGGGAAAAUUUUUUUUUUCUAUUUCUAUUAUUUUUCUAUUUUAUUUUCUUACAGAAAUUAAAUUAUACAUAAUUUACAAAUUUUUGUUCAAUUAAAUGAAAAAUUAAAUUCUUCCAGAAAAUGAAAAAUGGAAAAAAAUUUGAAAAAUUUAUUUUUCUUUUAUGUCACAAAAAUUAGGAAUGUUAAUUAACACUUUUUUCUCCUAAUUGAAAGGCCAAACAUUGAUCAUCCUAGGAUGUUAAAAUAAUUCAGAAUGAAAAGAAAAUGUUCUAGGAGCAAUUUUGCAAUUACUGGAACAAUAAAAAAAAUGUUGUAAAUAUAUAUUACGAGAAGAGAAUAUUUUAACACAGGCUUUGAAUAAUUUUUCCGUUCGCAUAUUUUUAAGUAAUCGGAAAUAUUUUUUUUUGUUCUUGUUAUGAAAGUUAAAGUUGAUCAAUAUUUAACAUUCACAUUGGAAUUUUUAAUUCUACUGGAAAUUUAAUUUAUCUAAAUUUUAUUGAAUUGAAAUCUAAUUCAAUUUAAAUUCAAUUUAAUUUCAUAUUUAAUUUAAUUCAAUUUAAUUUAAUAUUUAAUUUAAUUCAAUGUUUAAUUUAAUUUAACGAUUAAUUUAAUUUAAUGUCUAAUUAUCAAAUUUCUUUCUUAAAUAUCAAUGUGAGAUUUUUAAAAAUUGAUUGACUUUUUCUGCUUGUGCCAUUCGUUUUUUUCUAUCACCAAAUAUUUAAAAUGAAAGUUCCAUUUUUAUCAAACAAUUGACGAUAAAUAGUUAGCACAAUUAUUGCAAACAGUGGUAUUAAGGAAUUAUUAUAUAGGCUCUGCUGAAAUGACGCAUACAUCGAAUAUUAUUAAAAGAAAAGAUCGUAGAAUUAAAAGAGAGGAAUUUUCAAUUUUCAUAAUUCGAAAAAAUGGUAAAAUUCAAUUUGAAUUUUCUAUUUUUUUUAUUUCUAUUUUUAACUUUGUAAUUGAAGCGUUGGGUGCAAGAAGGGCGUAUAACAAAAAACGACGAACGGAGAUAUUUCAUGUUUAAGUUUUUAAACUUUAAAAGCCCGAAAACUGUGCAUGCAAAUUAAAUAAACUAUUUUUUAUUUAAUUAGUCCACUAUUGAGCUAUCAAAUUAAAGUGUAAAAUUAAGGGAAAGUUGCAAUUAACUAUUAAAUAAUAAUGUUUUUCAAAACUAAUUUAUACGCCCUUUUUGCACCCAACCACUUGCUUAACCACACAAUGUUUUAGGCGUUAGUAAAAUUUAAAGUUUAAA